AGAAAAUCUGUGGUCGGCUUCUUGCAUUUCUCACCACCCCUCUGCUUGUAUCCUUCUCCUUCCCUUGAACAAACAUCCUAAGAUUGAAUCAUAGUAUGACGAUUUGCCUAAGUAGACAAUCUUUCAUCUUGGCAACGUUUGUUUUUCUUCUGUCUUCAGCUGAUGGGAUUCGGGUACUUCCACAAACUUCAACAGAUAGUGCCGAUCUAUAUUCAGAAUACGUUGAAGCUCCCAAGUAUGUGAAUGGAAAUCAGUGCCGGAAUCCGGUGAAGGGCAGCUCGUUUUCUAUGUGUGAUCCAUCACUAGUGCAUGUGGCGAUGACUCUUGAUUCCAAAUACUUGAGGGGCUCAAUUGCAUCGGUCCAUUCAAUUUUGAAGCACGCAGCCUGCCCGGAAAACGUAUAUUUCCAUUUCAUUACUUCUGUUUCCGCUUCCUCUGAGCUUGGCGAUGUCGUGAGAUCCACAUUUCCAAGUUUGUCUUUCAAGGUUUACCCCUUCAAGAAUGAAGGCCGAGUCAAGCAACUGAUAUCGUCUUCUAUUCGUCCAGCGCUGGAGGAGCCCUUGAACUAUGCAAGAAUUUACCUGGCCGAGCUCCUUGAUUCAUGUGUUGGCCGUGUGGUUUAUAUAGAUUCUGAUACGGUAGUAGUUGAUGAUAUUUGGAAACUGUGGUCGACUAGUUUAACUGGUGGUUCAAGAGUAAUUGGAGCUCCAGAGUACUGCCAUGCGAAUUUCGCCAACUACUUCAAUAAGGAAUUCUGGGCUGACCCUGUUCUAUCGAGGGUUUUUGAGGGAAAGAAGCCUUGUUAUUUCAAUACCGGAGUGAUGGUAAUGGAUUUGGGGAGAUGGAGAGGAGGAGAUUACACGAAGAGAAUCGAGGGAUGGAUGGAGAUACAAAAGCAGAGAAGGAUAUAUGAGCUGGGGUCUCUGCCACCGUUCAUGUUGGUUUUUGGUGGAGAAAUAGAAGGCAUUGAUCAUAGGUGGAAUCAGCAUGGGCUUGGUGGAGAUAAUGUGGUGAAUAGCUGCCGGAGUUUGCAUCCGGGUGGGGUUAGUUUGCUGCAUUGGAGUGGGAAGGGGAAGCCAUGGGUGAGGCUCGAUGAUGGCAGGCCAUGCCCUGUCGAUCAUCUCUGGGCACCUUACGAUCUACACAGACUACACAGAUUUUGAAAGCAUCGGCUACAGCAGUAAAUAUGAAGUUGAUGCCGCUUCAACUGUCUGCAACAUUUAUUCAUUCUAUUGAUUCUUUUGUAAAUGAAAAUACGGAGACAAAUGGAGCUGAGGAUGAUGACAUUGUAUGUACUGUCAUCAAAAGCGAUCUCUCGUAACAAGGAGGAUCUUCUUGGAAAUCCCGUGUACGAGGCAUUACUUCUGGCAAAACUUUUGCACUAUAUUUGGAAUCAAUUCAAAACGAAAUUUGAAUGUGAAAUUGGAUUUGUCAGUACGUUAAGGAUCUGAAAUGAUUGUUUACUCUUUUCUACUAUAAAAUAGUUUUUAUUUUG